UUGUGGCUGAGAAAAGCAGGUUGCUACGUCAUUUUCAUUAAUUUACAUUCCACAACAUCAACUAACAGCCAUGUCUUCUUUUGACAAGCUUUUCGCAAAGGGCAAAGCCAAGGUGAAGGAGCUUCAGGCUCAGCAUCUUGGAGGGCAGUCGCAGCAUCAGCAAGGCUACCCGAGCCAACAGCCGCAACAAGGCUAUCCGCAACAGCCGCAGCAGGGCUUUAACCCGCAACAACAGUACUCACAGUCGCAAUAUUCAGGAGCUCAGUAUCCACCGCAAGGACAAUACGGGCAGCCUCAACAGCAGUAUCAGCAGCCUCCGCAGCAAUGGGGGCCGCCACCACCUCAGCAGCAGGGCUUCGCACCGCCUAUCCCACAGAAUAAGCCGCAUUCACCGGCGCCGCCAAUCCCCCAGAACCGUCCAACCUCAGCGCAGCCUCCGCCUCCCCAGAACAUACCACCUCCAUACAGUGAGCGGGUGUACUGGAAGCCUUCAUUCGAUGCCGCUACGCCGGUAUCGCAGAACUUUAGGCAUGAGCUUGGUGAUCAUGGCUGGGGCAACGACGAGAAGCAGAACUACACUGACUCACCUGCGAAUUCCUUCCACCAUGACAACCGUCUUGUCGUGCGCGGACUGGUCCAGAAUGGCACCUAUACUUCUGCGCGCUUGACGUCUCACCAGACAUUGUCCAGACCGCGAGGCUACAUUGAAGCCACCACCCUCCCACCGAGCGCACCAGGCAUCUGGCCUGCCUACUGGAUGCUGCCAUGCGAGCCUUUCAAUUGGCCUGGCGACGGCGAGGUCGACAUUAUGGAGAACUGGAAUGACGAGAAGACAAACCACUCGUGUCUACACUGGGGACAUUACAACGGCGAUGACGCGCAGAAGCACAGAGUAGUACAGACACCGCUGCCAGACCUCACGACGAGACCACACACGUACGGCUUUGCCUGGCUUGAAGAGGAAGGCAUACCAGAAUGGCGCGGAAGACUCAUCUGGUACAUCGAUGGCAGGCCAGUCAUGAAAGGCAACAUCCCUGCGGGUUCGCGACGGAUGGAGGACUACAGAAUUUUGAUAAAUAUUGCAAUGGGUGGAACUUGCAACAAGGGCAAGCUGCCGAAUGAUGGUUACUACGACCUUGUCGUCAGCGACUUGAAGAUGUGCGAGGAGCCGGUCGGUGGAUGGCAAGCUUUCGAACAAGCGUGGAGUGCCACACCAGAGGGUAAAGUUAUGUAGACCCCCGGUCGUGCCAAGCAUGACCGGUGCGUUGCCGUCAAUUGAAAAUGUUUCCCUGCCGA